AAGAAAAAAAAAAAAGAUUGACAACAGACGUUAGCUCAGGUGCCACUUAAAAAAAAAAAGAACUCUCAGUCUGUUUCCAGAGACACCCUAGCUAGGAAUUUUCCUUACAUCCAGCUUCUGUUUACUAAACUAAAACAAUCCUGAUUUCAUAUUUUGUUUGCUCUCCUCCCAUCCAGCCCCUCAUCAAAUUGCUAGUUUAAAUUUGUGUUGGUUUCACACCUCUAGGAGUGCCGAUGUAUUUCCAUGGAGGACAGCCCAUGGACCUGGACACACAGUGUGAGAUGAGAGAACGUCAAGGCACCAUUUCCAAGUGUAAAUAUUUCUUCCUUCUACCCCUCCUUUUUGGAGAAGAGUUCAAAAGGGAGCAUUGGUUUAAAUCGAUGAAAAUAUUAGCCUAGGUUACCCUGUAUUGGGUAAACAUGUUGCAGUCCUUUAGUUUAACCGUAGCAAUGCCAGGAUUCUGUCUAGCUCAGAGAUGAGUUUCCUUUCUAUAGAGUCAUUGACUCAAGGGGAAAAACAUAAUGAACUGGUGGAAGGUCCUUUUUAAGAAACAUUUGUCCAAAACUUGUUAAUAAGGCAAAAAAAGGAUUACCUAGUACCCUUUCAGUAUCCUACCAGAACAUUGUCUAACAAGCCCACCAAAGGUCAUCUGAUGUUCUAGGGUAGAAAUCAGCAGUUUUUGUUAAGUGCCAGGUAGUAAAUAUUUUAGGCUUUGAAGGUCUCUGCAGUAACUAUUGUGAAAGCAGCCAUAGGUAUGACAUAAACAAAUGUGUGUGACUGUGUACCAAUAAGACUUUAUUUAUGGGCAUUGACAUUUGAAUUUCAUACGACUGUCAUGUGUCGUGAGAUAUUCCUCUUUUGAUUUUUUCAAUCAUUUAGAAAUAUAAAAAUCAUUCUUCAGUCACAGGCCCUAUGAGAACAGAUGCUGAUAUUAAUAAGUUGCCAAUGAUUUUUGUCCAGUUAAGAUAUGAAUGAUUUCUCCCAGGUUGAAAAGGACCAUCCAGGGUAUUGCUUUAUGCCCUGCAGCAGACUAACUUAGUUUUGUAUCUAAGUUUCCAGUCUAUUCCAGCAUUCAUUUUUCCACAGAUUUUCCCCCCACUUAGGUUUUGGUACCCUCCUUGGCGCCAGUUUUGUCAUCCUGCUGAGUCCCUCAUCAAUGAGUUCAGUGCAUCUUUGGCAUGUGCUUCUGUCUAUUUGUAUGAGAGUCGAGUGUUUCACUUUUUGAAAAUUAUACUUUGACAGCCACAUAUAUAAAAAGCAACAUGGGACAUUUUAAACUAUGUAUAAAUUCCUGUUAAUUUGUUUUUAAAACUAAAAAUAGGGCAAUUCAAUAAAUCGUUCAAUAUAAGGGUAAAAGGUUGACAGUUUAUCUGCCGUCCUGCCAGUUAAAUGCAGGAAAUGGUCAAGGGAGAGCGAAGGUAGAGGAAGAGGGGCAGAGGGGGAGACACCCUGGGGUGGGGUCUCUCUUGUCCCCGCUUGGCCUCAGUAGAGUUGUAAUGUUGCCGCCUCAGGUAUAGUGUUGGCAUUCCACUGGGGAUUCUUGAUAUCGCAUACAAUUUUCCAAGAAUGAUUUGGUUUCCAGUCAGAGGUUUUUAUCAUUGAUAAUGUUUUAAGAAAGAAGAAGAAUUGAAAAAAUGGGUUUUUUUAAAAGGCAUUAAGGUGGUGUCCCAGAGAACACUGGAUAGGGUGUCAAGAGGUUCCUAGCUUUGAGUCUGUGACCAGCUAACUAUGUGACACUGGGUAUCAUAGUACUUUUGUUUUUGCAUGUGUAAAGUGAAAAACUUAGACUCUGUAGUCAUUAACAUUCCAUCUGGUGCUGAAAAUUUUCUAACGUAAAUAGACUCAAAUUGCUUUUGGUGGAAUUGAGUAGUCAUUGAUUUCUAAUUUUUUUUUUCUAAAUAAAAGUAGCCUCAUCUGUGUUUAGAAUCUAGAUUUCCAGGUUUGACUUCUUAUAUAAAAGAUAAAAUAAUCAUAUAUAAUAAUAUAUAAAAAUAACACUUUGAAGUUAAUUCUCUGCUUGGCACAAAUCGUGGUGGAAAAGUACAAAAUGGAGUUGUCUGUCUUUGCUUGCUGCUCAGUUUAUGAUGCCAAGUGCCUCUAACAGGAUCUUCCUGUCCCUAUACCUUAGGGUCACUUCCCUGUUCAGGGUUAGUUUUAAGUCUGCGAGCAAAGAUUUCCUUGGCCCAGGGGAGGCUGAGAUGAAACAAAGCUCCCAAAAAGCACUUGGCACCCUGACAGACCAGCACAUCAGGGAGAGAGAUGGAAAUGGAAGAUAAGGAGUCAGAGGCCCUUUUGAAUUUAAAAGUACACUUGUGGGUUCUGGAAACUCCUUGAGUGUUUCUAUCCCAGAGAAGAGAUUAUAGCAAAUUUCAAAAGACACUAGCCCUUCACCUUUUUUGGGAGGUCAGGGAUCUGUUGAGAGCUGAGGCGAGCUAACAUGACUUUCCUCAUUAACACAGGCACGCGCACACACCCCCCAGGUUUUGCCUGUAACUUCAAGAUUUUUUGAGACCCCAGCUAUGAAGAGAUUGACUCGAUUCUGGGACUGCUGGUAUGGACACUUAUCGCUGGAACUGAGUACUUCCGGGUCCCUGCAUUUGGCUGGGUCAUGUUUGUAGCUGUAUUUUACUGGGUCCUCACCGUCUUCUUCCUCAUCAUCUACAUAACAAUGACCUACACCAGGAUUCCCCAGGUGCCCUGGACAACAGUGGGUCUCUGCUUUAAUGGCAGUGCCUUCGUCUUGUACCUCUCGGCCGCUGUUGUGGAUGCAUCUUCUGUCUCCCCGGAAAGGGAGGGUCACAACUUCAACAGCUGGGCGGCCUCGUCGAUGUAUACCACACAUAGUCACCCCUACGUGAACAUCCUGGGGUUAUUUGAGCAAAACUACAAGCCUUCCGUCUAUGUUCCAAAAAAGAAAGACAUCAUAGCCGGAAAUCAUUUCCAAAGAAAGUUCUUCGCCUUCCUGGUCACCAUCUGCUACGCUGGAAACACAUAUUUCAGUUUUAUAGCUUGGAGAUCCAGGACCAUACAGUGAUUUGCCAUUUUGAGAAUUCAAAGGGGUGAAAAAAACCAAACAUAAAGAAUCUCACUGUAAGAACAGCUGUAGGUAUAAUGUAUAUUUCCAGAGAAUUGUAUUUAACUAAUGUUUUUAUAUACUUAGUUAAAUUUUCUCAGAGUGGUUUGUUACAAUUAAACUGGAUACUUAUUUGCAAAGUGCUAUAGCUUAUAAUGAACUCUCAAAUAUCUUGAUGUCUUCAUAGACCUUAUUUUCUUAGACAGUGUAUAAAUAGAUAAAUUGCUAAUAUUAAGAAUAUGUCGUUUGUAAACUUAACUUUUAAAAUGCCACAUUCUUUUUUGAUUAAAUAUUUCAAAAUCCCCA